CUUCUCUGGGCCUUAUUUUUCUCAUGGGCAAAAAUGGGAAUAUUUCUAUAGGGAGCAGCUGGCUCAUCAUGUGCCAGAGAAGACAGCACUCAGGGCGUGUAGACCUGCAUAAGUCCCAGCUCCAAAACACUUAGAAGCUGGUCACUUCACCUUUCUGAAUCUCAGUUUUCUCCUCUGUAAAAUGGGAAUUGUAGUAAUUGCCUCAUUGGGUGGUUGUGGGAAUUAAAUGAGAUGACAUAGAUCAAGAGCUUAGAAGAGUGGCUAACAUUGUUACAUAAUAGGGAUGGGCUAUUUCUCCCUCCCUCUCCCUCUAUUUCUGUCUCGCAUGCGUGUGUGCGCGCACACACACACAAAGACACACACACGGGCAGGGGCACAGAUAUUCUUUGGCGCCUCUCUAAGCGAGAGUCCUGCCUUUUCUCCUGCCUGCUCUUGCCUCGCAUCACUUGUCAGAAGACCUGGGACCUCUCUCCUCAGCAUAUAAGUCCUGUGGUGCUCAGUCCUGUGAGUCUCUGUACCAACCUUGAAGGAUUCUUAGUCUGCAGCCAUACGACCCUGAACAUUCUGAUCCCACUGGAAGGAUCCUUGGUGUCCCAGGCGCCUCCACAGCCAUUGUCCAUGUGAUCACAAUGGCUAGGGUACCAGAAUUGGAGCCAGGUUGCCUUGCAGAUGAGACACCAUGGCACGGGGUCUGGAGUGAAGGGACUUGCCCCAGAGGAGGGCUAGCGAGCAGUGGAGUUUGGAUAUGAGCCUGGGUCUGAGUGACCCUAGCACCGCCCCCCCUUGUCAGAGAGCAGCCCUUAAAGGGAGCACACUGUGUCCUGGGCACUUCAGAGGGUGCCCACAGCUGAGGUGUCCCUUCUUAUCAUUGUUCUGUGCGCUGCAGAGACUGCCCCUCCUGGAUGUGCAGGUGUUCACAUUGGGGAUUUGGCAGAGGAGGAGCCGUAAGGGUCCUGCUGGGCAUCUUCAUCUUUAGACUCGAAAGUGUCACCACUCAGUCCACUGCUGCCAAAUAUGUGCUCCCAGCUCUGCCAUUCGUUCCUGAGAUCUGUAGUAAACACCUACCCAAUAAGCCCCGCUUCCCACAGAAUAAAAAAUAAAAUGUCAGGAAACGGUAAAUGUAAGGAAAACAAUAAAACAUGUGAAGGACCAAGAGAAGAACAGCCCAGGCAGAAGAAUUGGGCAAAGGCUGUGAGGGAGGGAUAAGCCUGCUCUGUCUGGGGAACUGGGAGCAAGCUAGAAUUGGGGAAGGAAAGGGAAAAGAAGAUGGUAAAUAGAGUCAGAGAGGGAUCGAGUAAUGCCCAGACAUUCCUGGAGACGUGCAAAGUAGACAUUCGUGACUGGACGCACGAUUUUGAAACCUCACUCUGGUGUGAGGUAUAGGACAGAUUGUAAGGGGUCAGAGUGGAAGCCAGGAAACAACUGGGUCAGCCCUUGCUGUGUCCGGCCCCAGGAUCGUGGUGGCACCUGUCAGUGGUGGUGACAGAGGAGGGAGGUGUGCGGGUUGAGGGUCUUUUCUUCUAGGAGAGCAGUCACAGCCUGCUGAUGUGGGGAAGGAAUGUGGCAGGAGGUGAAGGGAGAGUCCAGGGGUCUUGCCCUCCCAACAUCACCUUGUCACCAAGACUCCUGGUGUCAUUCCCUGUGCCACCCUGGCCUGCUUGGUACCAUGACAUGGAUCUCAGAAGACAGUGCGCCCCGUCUCCCCUAGGGGAGCUUCCCACAGGAUGGGGGGGCGGGUAACAAAGCAUGGAGAGCUGGUGUGAGCUCAUAGUAUGGAACCAAAAAGGCUUCAGGGAAGCAAAGGCUUCAGAGAACCAAAGAAGGCUUCUCGGAGGAGGGGAGAUGGAAGCCGAAAGCAGCAGGAUGUGGAGGUAUUCAGCAGAAGGGGAGAGGAGAGGAAGUGAAGGUUGAAACAGUGCAAAGGUGCUCAAAGACCUAGAGGGAGAGGACCCAGGGAGAAAGGAGGCUACAGAGCUGGCCCUUGUUCCUCCAGAGCCUGGGGGCCCUUGAUUCUCAUUUGAUUCUGGGUAUGCUAAUGUCAAACAGGUGGUGACAUCUGCUUGCUUGCUUCUUUUCUGGGGGGGUGGUUUGAGACAAGGUCUUUACUAUGUAGUUCAAAUUGACACCAAAACUCAUAGCAAUCCUCCUGCCUCAGCCUCCCAAGUGCUGGGAUCACAGAUGUGCAACAUGACACCCGGCUGACAUCUGUUUUUUAAACAACAGAACAAAAUUUCCCAUCAACAUAAGCAGCACUGCAGUGGGGCAGGGCCUGUUGGCCUCAGGGAGCCAGGGAAAAGAUUUGAAAGAUAACUGGAGGCCCUUGCAUGUUCCAGCAAGAAAGGACCUCAGAGCAGCUAUCAGCAAUUAAAGGUCAUUGAAAGUCAUUGCUAGUGGUUUCCGACAGUCAAAGCACAACCCCCAAAGGCCCUGCACAUGCCUUUUCUCCCAGGCCUUCUUCAGAGUCACAGUCCCGCCCUCAUGAUUGAGCCUGCUCUGUGGAGACCUAAGAACCUUCCAGUAUGGAAUUUAAGGACACAGACCCAGGCUCACCUGGACCUGCCACUUAGCUGGCUUUAUAAUUAGCCACUCUGAGACUUAGUUUCCCUUCUGCAAAAUAAGAAUGGUAAUAAUGGAACCAACAAGUCACUGAGUUAUUGUGAGAAUUAAGUGAAUUCAUAGUUAUAAAGUAUUGAGUGUCUGGGCUCUGUGAGUGACACCCUCAGAGAAUACACCUCGUUUGAUCCUCAGCGAAACUUAGUAUGGUUGUCAUUAACUUCAGAAAAGGAAACAGGCUCACAGAGGUGAAGUGACUUACACAAGGUCACACAGCAGGUAAGUAGAUGAGACGAGAGGGAGCAGGCAGAUGUGGGUGACUCCGGUGUUCUGAAGGGCAUUAUGGGUCCCUCGUUGUUAACACCGUUUGUCCAUGUUAUAAUCACUUCUGUGUUCUCUGUGUUUUGUGUCCCCAGUUCUCAGCACAGAGCCAGACAUGAGAAAACAUUGGUGAUGCUGUGACUGAUUGACUGAAUAAAACUGAUGGAUUGAUUUGUGUAUCCCCAGCAGUUGGCCUAAGAUGGUCCUCAGGGAGAUCACCCGGGGACUCAGUCUUGCUGAGGGCUCUGUGGUUCCCUCAACCAAUCCCUGGCUGCUCGUGGAGCAAGUCCCAGUGCCCCUGUACAGCCAGUGGCCUCAGUGAAAGUAUGGGGCCUGGCAGCCUGUGCUGGGGGAAGUCCGCAAACAGUGCUGGGGCCGGGCAGGUCCCCUGGUGGGGCUUCCUGUCAAGGCCCCGAUCCCAGUCCUUGAACAAUGGCAAGGGCUAGAGAAUCAGAAAAUCAAAAGAAAAAGGACCAAAUGAGGAGGGUGAGAGUGGGGGUUGAGGUAGAGGGCUGGUGGGGUGGGUAGAGGGGGUGGAAUGAGGAAUUAUAUUUGGGGCCUAAGGAGCUGAGGUAGGGGACCUGCUGUGAUGUGGGUAGAUAUAGAGGCAGAGCCCCCCUCACUAUCCCCCACCCCGAGCAUGGUCCAGGGCAGUCCUGGGUCCUUCUGCCUCCUGCACUUCCCCUCCAGGCUGUUUCCUAUCAGGUGGGGUCUUUUGAAAAUCCACACCUGACCAAGGCACCACUGCUCUAAAAUUCUUGCUUCUCCUGGACACUGAUCCAACUUGGCCUGGCCUCCCAGGGGCUCUAUGCGGCCCCAGGUCCCACCUGCUCCCCUCCUCCGUAUUCCAGCCCAGCUGCAGCCUGGAGCUUCCUGUGGGCAGGCAGAGAGUGGGAGAGGUGGGGCUGGCAGCAGGAAGGAACCGGUGGUCUCACAGUGUUUCCCUGUCCUCCCCACCCUACACAGAGCCAUGAGCCACCAGAUCCUGCUGCUUCUGGCCGUGCUGACUCAAGGCCUGGAUACCUCCCAACACCGAGACAAGAUGCCCUGUAAGAUGGUGAACAAGGAGGCCUUGUGCCAGGGCCUCGGCCUGUACCAGGUCCCUGCAAUGCUCCCAUUGAACAUCGAGGCCCUCGACCUCUCUGGAAACCACCUGCGGAAUGUCCUGGUCUCACCCUUGGGCUUCUACAUUGCCCUUCGUCGCCUGGACCUGAGCGCCAAUGAGAUCAGCUUCCUGCAGCCAGGAGUCUUUCAGGCCCUGCCCCAUCUGGAGCAUCUCAACCUGGCCCGCAACCGCCUAGCGGUGGGCACCGCGCUGAGCGCCGGAGGCCUGGGUCCCUUGCCCCACGUGACUUCCCUGGACCUAUCUGGGAACAGCCUGUACAGCGGCCUGGUGGAGCGGCUGCUGGGCGAAGCCCCCAGACUGCGCACACUCUCGCUGGCGGAGAACAGCCUGACCCGUCUGACUCGUCAGACCUUCUGGGGCCUGCCUGCGCUGGAACAGCUGGACCUGCACAGCAACGUGCUGAUGGACAUUGAAGAUGGUGCCUUUGAGGCCCUGCCCAACCUGGCCCGUCUCAAUCUCUCCCGGAAUUCCCUCACCUGUAUCUCCGACUUCAGCCUCCAGCAGCUGCGGGUGCUUGACCUGAGCUGCAACAGUAUCGAGGCCUUUCAGACAGCCCCGGAGCCCCAGGCUGAGUACCAGCUUGCCUGGCUCGACCUACGGGAGAAUAAACUGCUCCAUUUCCCUGACCUGGCCACCCUCCCAAGACUCUCAUACCUGAAUAUGUCCAACAACCUCAUCCGGUUCCCCACAGGGCCGCUGCAAGGCAGCAGUGGCCUCCAUACACCUUCCGAGGGUUGGUCAGCCUCGCCCCUCCUCAGCCCCAGCUGGAACGCUAGCACCCGUGCACUCUCCCAGCUCUUGAACCUGGACUUGAGCAACAAUGAGAUUGAGCUCCUUCCAGACAGCUUCUUUGAGCCUUUGACCUCCCUUCGCUUCCUGAACCUCAGCCGGAACUGCCUGCGGGCCUUUGGGGCCCGGCGCAUAGGCUCUCUGCCCUGCCUGGUGCACCUGGAUUUAAGCCACAAUGUGCUGGAGGCUCUAGAGCUGGGUACCAGAGCCCUGGGGUCCCUACAGAUGCUGCUCCUACAGGACAAUGCCCUGCGGGAUCUGCCACCUUAUACCUUUGCCAACAUGGCCAGUCUGCAGAGGCUCAACCUGCAGGGAAACCGAGUCAGCCCCUGCGGGGGACCAGCAGAGCCCAGCCUCCCAGACUGUGUGGCUUUCUCUGGCAUCCCCACCCUCCGUGUUCUGAACAUGGCAGGUAAUGAGAUAGAGGUGCUCAGGGCAGGCGCCUUCCUCCACACCCCGCUCACCGAGCUGGACCUCUCUGCCAACCCUGGUCUCAAGGUGGCCACAGGAGCCCUAGCAGGCCUGGAGGCCUCCUUGGAGAUCCUUGCACUGCAGGGCAAUGGGCUGACUGUCCUGCAGGUGGACCUGCCCUAUUUCAGUUGUCUAAAGAGGCUUAAUCUCUCUGAGAACCGCCUCAGCCACCUGCCUGCCUGGACACAGGCUGUAUCACUGGAGGUGCUGGACCUGCGGAACAACAGCUUCAGCCUCUUACCAGGCAGUGCCAUGGGUGGCCUGGAGACCAGCCUUCGGCGUCUCUACCUGCAAGGGAAUCCACUCAGCUGCUGCGGCAAUGGCUGGCUGGCAGCCCAACUGCACCAGGGCCGUGUGGAUGUGGACGCCACCCAGGACCUGAUCUGCCGCUUUGGUUCCCAGGCUGAGGUAUCACUGAGCCACGUGCGUCCCGAGGACUGUGAGGAAGGAGGACUCAAGAACAUCAAUCUCAUCAUCAUCCUCACCUUCACACUAGCCUUGGCCAUCCUCCUUACCACACUGGCUGCCUGUUGCUUCGUCCGCCGGCAGAAGUUUAACCAACAGUACAAAGCCUAAAGAAGUCAGGAGAUCCUUCAAGGUCUGUGCAGGCACUGGAGGCACAGAGGAGUGGGAACUGGCCUGUGGCCACAGAGUUAGCCAGAGUCCCAGAGCUCUGGUCUCUAAAUCCCAGGCCAGGGCUCCUUUCUCUGCAUCCUGCUGCAUCAGUAGGUGGCCCACUUCCCAGGCUGUACAUCUGGUCCAGCUGUGGAAGCCGGAAGUUGGGUAAGCUCAGGGGCAGCAGAUCAACAGAGCUUCACAGAGCAUCUGUUUGGGUCCAUACCAAGUGAAAUACAUGCCUGCCCUCUGGUAGGGGCGUUCGUCACAGUGCCAGGCAGUGACCACAGUGUGAUGAGGUUGAGGUAGGAAAGCCUGGGGCUCCACUGCUUUGCAGCCCCACGGCUUUGGUGUGGAGUCCUGCCCUGGCUGGGCCGGGGCAAGGGAGGACCAAACCCAAGAGGAUUUGUCUGAGACAUUUUCAAGCAGACUGUUUUGUCACAUCUUCUAAUAAUGACUUUCAGCCUCUCUGGAAAAUGACAAGCUUGUGGCUGGAAGACAGAACCAGAGCGUCAUGAAUAUAUUUUGGAUCCAGUGCUGUUUGGGAGGCUAUAGCAGCCCCAGCAGGACCUGGUCAAGAGGUGGCCACCCUGGGCUCCCAUCCAGUGGGCCAUUCUAGGUCCUGCUCUGGACAGGACCUUUCCCUCCCGGGCACUCUCCUGUUGCACACGUUGACCCCAAUACUGCCUGAACCCCUCCCGCCCAGGCCCCACUUCUCCACCCAGCCCCACCCCAACUGCUGAGCCAAGGGCUACAGUAGGUAUCUGGUUCUUGUUUGUACCCAGAUUAGCAGCUGCAGAUGCAAAUCCAAGCCUUGUGGCUGCCUCUGUGUGACAAAUCUUGGACGUUGGUAUUUUACCUCUGUUAUAUAAAGGAGGAAAGUAAGGUUCUAGAAGUCCCCCUCCAGGGUCUCACUGCUAAAAUGCCAUAGCUGAGAUUCAGACCCACAUCCUCCUGUCUCCAGGGUCUGAGUUUGCUGCUGCUGGGCCACAAGCUGUUAGGUAGACACGAAGUGGUCCCAUGUCACCUUCCCAGGGCUUGAGCUUCCCUGUGCUAUGCACACCUCCUUUCUCCUCUCCAGGCAGUUGUAGGUCCCGUACUUUCUCAUCCUAAAUGUCCCUCAUUCCCUCCUUCGUGGACUGGUGUGUGUCUUCCUUUUGCUCUUCUACCUCCUGCAUUCUCUCAUUCCAUCUCCCUCUGCUGAGCAUAUCCCGGAGUUUGAGACCAUCAAGUCUAACCUCCCUGCUGCACAGAUAGGGAAACAGGUUUAGGAAAGAAUAGGAACGGAUUACAUAGACUCAAAGGCAGAGCCUGUGGGAAAAAACUAGAUUCCAGCCUCACUGGGGUGAAAUUGGGUGUAGGCCUUCUCCCAGCUGCCACGUGGCAAGGCAUUGCUGACCUCAGACUUUCUUUGUGCUCCUCAUCUUGCAGGGAUUUUUUGCCCCUUAAGAAAUAGGUGCAAAGAUCCAGUCAAAUAAACCCUUCUCCCUCAUACCGUGGGGUCAUGAGCCGUCUGGGAAGAAAGGAAACUCCAGGACCAGCCAAAGACCCAGUUAUUGUCCUCAGCAUCUUGUCCUCAGCGUCAUACCACGGGCAUUUGGUAAGGGGCAAGAGAAUGAAACUGGGACCCAGAGAGGAUUAAGGGCUCACAGAGCUGAUGGUCAGAGUCAGGGUAAGAACCCUCCCUGCACCCUGGUGGUGGUGUGAAGGCCACUGGGUGGCUCAGUGCUGGCUGAUCACAGGUGCUACUGCAUACAGCAGUCUUCCUCAGGCCCAGAGACAAAGUGCUGGCCCCUGUGCUUAUCCUAUGAAAACACUACACUGUGCUGCUGUCACCUCACACGUCUUGGGACCAGCUCCGUGUGUAACCCACAUGAAUGUAUUAAAGUCUAAUUUUGGAGAAAUA